AUGCAAUUCAUCGGUAUCAUUCUUCUUCUGGUUAUUGGUUCAGAACAAAUUAGUUCAUCACUGUUUGGUCAACAAAUUAUUCAAGGUCUAGGAGCAAAUACACCAUUCGCAAGAGGCAUAUUUGAACAAACAUGUUCAAAAUUAUACGAUCUCAUGGCAUUCCCACGUAAAGAUGUUGCUGUUGAAGUACUCACUCUUAGUCCACUGCGUAUUCGUUCAAAAGUUGAAAUAACACAUCCAGCAAGUGGUUGUAAAGAUCAAUUCUUUGUGAAAGUUCAUGCAUAUCAAAAUGAUUUUGAUCAAUAUGCAGCAGAUGCCGUCUUUCGUUCAUUAAAGCAAGGUGUAUAUGUGGGUGUGGGUGUAGAUAUGGACAAAAGAUCAUCAACACCCACACCCACACUACCCUCAAGUCGUAGUCAAUUAUUUCGUCAUGUUCGUUCUGAAUCGAUCACUUACAGUACGCAGCAAAAUGAACACCAUAAACCACGUGCCGAAUAUGUUGCAUGGAGUAAAUAA